GACUCGGCCGAGGAAGAAGUGAAACGUCUGGCAUAUCAAGCAACCGGGAUUACGGCUAUCGAAUUGCCCUGCUCUUUCCCUGAAAAGACCAUUUAAAGGAACUCGCAAUUGGUUAAAUGCGGUACGAGGCUAAAAUGAUGCCGAUGUUCCUCACAGUGUACCUCAGUAACAAUGACCAGCAUUUUACAGAGGUGCCCGUUACCCCGGAGACGCUGUGCCGGGACGUGGUGGACCUGUGCAAGGAACCAGGGGAAAUGGAAUGCCACCUGGCCGAGAUGUGGCGUGGUUCCGAGCGGCCCGUGGGGGAGGGGGAGAGGAUGCUGGACGUACUCCAGAAGUGGGGGCAGCACAGGGUCGAGGUGCGCUUCUUCCUGCGCCAUGACCGAGCACCCAGCAGAGAGUCGGGUGGCUCCAGGAGCUCGGAGCCAAAGAGGAACGGAUUGAAGGCUCCUUCGGACAGAAGAAUGGAGAACGGGGUGGCCCCCCGGAUGGACAUGACCCUGGCUGAGCUCCAGGAAAUGGCUGCCAGACAGCAGCAACAGAUAGACUCACAACAGCAACUCCUGGCCUCUAAGGAGCAGCGACUGCGCUACCUCAAGCAGCAGGAGCAGAGGCAGCAGCAGCAGGCCUCGGAGCAGGAGAGGCUCCAGCGCCUGCGGGAGAACGUGGAGAACCAGGAGAGCCGUCUGAAGAAGGUGCGGGGCCUCAAGGGCCAGGUGGAGCAGAAGCGCCUGAGCAAUGGCAAGCUGGUGGAGGAGAUCGAGCAGAUGAACAGCCUGUUCCAGCAGAAGCAGAAGGAGCUGGUUGUGGCCGUGUCCAAGGUUGAGGAGCUCAGCCGGCAGCUGGAGAUGCUCAAGAACGGCAAGAUGGAUGCCUACCAUGACAACCAGAGUUCUGUGGCUGAGCUCGACCGACUCUACAAGGAGCUCCAGAUGAGGAACAAGCUGAACCAGGAGCAGAACAGCAAGCUGCAGCAGCAGAGAGACAACCUGAACAAACGCAACCUGGAGGUGGCCUCCAUGGACAAGCGGGUCAGCGAGCUCAGGGACCGUCUCUGGAAGAAAAAGGCUGCGCUGCAGCACAAGGAGAACCUGCCGCCUCAGAUCCCUUGGCCUUCAGAGCCGGCCCACCCCAAAAAUGGCUAUCCGGGUAAAGAGAGGGCUACAAAAGACGCUCUUCCUCAGGUCCCCUCUGACAGUCAGGCAGGACAGCAGUCUGGCCCGUCCCGCGUGGCGGCGGUCGGCCCGUAUAUCCAGUCGUCCACCAUGCCGCGCGGCCCUGUGAGGCACGAUCUGCUGGUCAAGUCCGCCUACCCAGACGGCACCGCCACCCUGCCCUCCCAAGACCCCCACGCCAAGCCCAAUACUGGAGCAGAGGAUCAUGGGGUAGUGGGCACCUGCGACGUGACUCUAAGCUCAGAAGCCAAGCUGUCAGAGUGGGGUCCCCCAGGUUCUGAGUCUAACAUCACGAGCCAUGGUUCUGCCUCCACACUACCCAGAAUGACCUCCCACCCCAGCCCCAACGCAGAGCAAGAUGAGAAUGAGGUGCAGAAGAGGGACAGGCGGGUGCGCCCCUUCUCCAUGUUUGAGCCCACGGAGUUGCCAGCUACGUCCCUUCGCAAGAACCAGAGUAGCGAUGAUCUUGUCAGGGACGCCCAGUCUGCUGCCAAGGGCCCGGUUAAGGUGCCCCCCCCGGUCCCCAGUAAACCCAAAGGCCCCCCUGGCGGCCCCUAUGGCAAACCAGGCCUCAACACCGGAACCUUCCCCAAAGCCAAGCCUCAAGGCCCCCACGCCCAGAGGCCCCCGUCUCGCACUCCCCUGCCCUCAUCCCAGAGCCAAACCCUUCCCCUGCCUUCCAAGCAGGACCCACCUCCUGCCGCAACGGUCAGACCCUUCACCCCCGAGCCGCCCUCCUCCAAGGAGGGCUCCGGCCAAGGCCAGAGCCUGAGGAAACCCCAGACCCUGGCUGCCAGCUCCAUCUACUCCAUGUACACCCAGCAGCCCAUCCCAGGGAAGAGUUACCCCCCGGUGGUGCAGGGGGUGCUCUCCCGCUCCCAGAGCCGGGGUAAUGGCUUUGUUAGUGUGUACGGCAAGCCCGUGAUCCCAGGCGGUGGUUCCCAGCACCCAGAGAACCCCUAUCUGGAUCGUCCCUUCCCCGGCCCAGAGGCCGAGGUGGACCACGCUGUCCCCCAGGCCGGAGGCCCUACGGGCGAGGGCCAGCCAGAGGCGGAGCGCAUUCCACGGCCCCUCAGCCCCACCAAGCUGCUGCCCUUCAUCUCCAACCCUUACCGCCACCAGAGCGACGGGGAUCUGGAGGCCCUCCGGAAGAAGCUCUACAACGCCCCCCGGCCCCUGAAGAAACGCAGCUCCAUCACGGAGCCCGAGGGCCCCGCGGGGCCCAACAUCCAGAAACUCCUCUACCAGAAGACCACACUGGCCGCUAUGGAAACCACUGUCACCACGCCCACUACGCCUACCUAUCCAGGAGAAGGGGAACGAGAGGGCGAGGCAGGGCAUGCCAUCCCGGGACCCCAGGCUGGUGGGGAGAGCAGCCAAUCAGGAGUGACGCAAGAGGGGCUUUAUAUCCCCACCCCGGGACCGAAUGCCACCCCAGUCCCGGCCGAGCAGACCCCCCCCACGGAAAUUCCGGAGACAGACACAGAGGACAUAAUUCCCCCCCCUCCCCCAUCACACCCUGCCCCCAGGCCCGAAGAUGUCCUCUUCCCCCUACCGCCCACAAUGGCCAGCGUUGAGGAGCCUAUACCUUCCAACCCGCCCCCUCCACCAGAGUCCUUCAUAGAGGAGUUCCCUCCCUACCCCCCACCCCCCUACCCCAGUGGGGCUGAACAGGAGGCUCUGGGGGAGGACACCUUCAACAUGAAGGCCCCGGAGGUCACAGGACAGAUCACACUGCCACCGGGCAAGAGGACCAACCUACGUAAGUCGGGCUCGGAGCGCAUCGACCACAGCAUGCGGGUGAAGUUCAAUCCCCUGGCGCUGCUGCUGGACUCGUCCCUGGAGGGGGAGUACGACCUAGUCCAGAGGAUCAUCUACGAGGUAGAGGAUCCAAGCCUGCCCAAUGAUGAGGGCAUUACUGCUCUCCAUAAUGCUGUUUGUGCCGGACACACAGAGAUUGUGAAGUUCCUGGUGCAGUUCGGCGUUAACGUCAAUGCAGCUGACAGCGACGGGUGGACCCCCCUGCACUGCGCGGCGUCAUGCAACAACGUGCAGGUGUGUAAGUUCCUGGUGGAGUCGGGGGCGGCCGUGUUCGCCAUGACCUACAGUGACAUGCAGACAGCAGCGGACAAGUGUGAGGAGAUGGAGGAGGGCUACACCCAGUGCUCCCAGUUCCUCUAUGGUGUGCAGGAGAAGAUGGGCAUCAUGAACAGGGGUGUGGUCUACGGCCUUUGGGACUACGGCAACGAGAACCUUGACGAGUUGGCGUUCCGUGAGGGUGACUGCAUGACUAUUAUCCGCAGGGAGGACGAGGACGAGGUUGAGUGGUGGUGGGCACGUGCUGGCGAUGUGGAGGGCUACAUCCCCAGAAAUCUCCUUGGGCUGUACCCCAGGAUCAAGCCCAGACAGAGGAGCCUUGCAUAAGGACUGUUAUACCUGGAACACCGCCUCUCAGAAGACAGACAUGCUUUUGUCAAAGGCCACUCUAAACUGCUUUAAGAAAGGCCCCACGGUCAGAUGAAUGAACGUUAUGAGACCAAACUACAUGAAGGAGUUUCGAGCAACUAUGAACUGUCCUCUUCCAAAUUGGGCCUAUCAUAACCACUGACACUGGCCCUCGCCCAGGCACUUUUUUCUACUUCAACAUAGAGGGAGCUUUCCACACAUAUUUUUCCAAGACCACUGUAGGUGUUUAUGACACUAAUGACUUUACGUUUCUUUUGUUUUUGUUGUAUUGUUUUUACUCAGAUUUAAGCCUCUGAAACGGUUUGUCUAUAGACCAGAAGUAUAAUGUCAGGGGUACAAAUGGAACAGUAUUGUUUUUCUAAGUGAUUUUAGUUUUUAUAGUCUAGUUUAAACCUGUCUUUUCUUCUGGUUAACAGCCAUUUUACUGUCUAGAGAGAGAGAGAGAGCUGGAACUGAAUAGGGCACCAGAGAGUGAAUGAGGGUGAUAUACAAUGAACAUGAUUGUUACAGUAAGCUGUUAUAAGUGUGUGUUUCUUGUUGUGUAUACCAUGACAAUCUAACAGAGACUCUGUACUUUGACAAUGAUGUUUCCUGUGUUUUGUGACCAUGUCCCUGUCUCUUCCUAUCCACAUUAUACUGGAGAAUUGUAUUCAGCAGCAACCUCUACCUAGUUAAAAAAAAUUAUUAUGAUUAGUUGUAUGUUCAGUAAGGCAGUGAUGUUGAAUGAGCUAUUGCCAUAAAUGUGGUUGUCCAUGAUAUCAGCAUAACCUGUAAAUGUUUUUAACGUUUUUCUCUGGGUUUAUCGCUGUUUAUAGCUCUGCUAUAGAGAUUAUCUAUCAAAUUCACUUGUGUAACACAGUUGUUAUACUGUCAUAAUCAAGCUUCACCUGGCCAUGUUGUAUUGAAUGUUGUCUUAAACAGAUUAUAUGGACUAUUUUAAGGAAGACAGAAAGAGAGAAAAUUACAUUUAGAAUAAGUCCAGAAACUCUUAUCUGUGGAUACGGAUGUAGCAUACUGUGAAAACAGGAAACCAGUGUCUUCUUUUCAAAUCAUGUGACCCCAGUAGCUGAUCCCAUCCAAUUUAUAGUAUUUCAGUAUGAUCUUUACACAUCACUGUCUACACCACAAAUUUAUUUAUUUUUGUUACCUUCAAUUAUCACCUUUUUUCAAAACAAUAACCACACAUGUAGAAUUGUGAACAUUUACAAUAAAAUACUUUGUGUAAUUA